CGAUUGAUAGAGACACACGAGUCUCAACUGACCAAUCGGGUUACAUUUCGCUACAACCACCAUCCAAUCAACGAUACACCUACAUGCGGGCCCCAAUCCAUCUUCAACCUUCAGUCGUGCUUUUUCUGUAGGGGCACCUUCAACCAGCGACUUUCAGAAAUACAAUAAAUUAUAUUUUCUCCACAGACACCAUGUCCUUUCUGACUACAGGUAUCAGCAGGCUAGCGCCAAGACUCCUUAAUUCAAAGAAUGCCACCUGCAUCCUUGUGGCGUCCAGACAUGCCAGCUCCUCAACAAAUCUAAAGGAUGUUCUAACAGACCUUAUUCCAAAAGAACAAAGUAGGAUCAAGAGCUUCAAACAGCAGUAUGGAAAAACCAACAUUGGAUCGAUCACUGUUGAUAUGGUCUAUGGUGGGAUGAGGGGCAUGAAGGGUCUGGUGUACGAGACCUCAGUGCUGGAUCCUGAUGAGGGAAUCCGUUUCCGGGGCUACAGCAUUCCAGAGUGUCAACAGCUGUUGCCCAAGGCUCCAGGAGGUCAGGAGCCACUGCCUGAGGGCCUCUUUUGGCUGCUGGUCACAGGACAGGUCCCCACAGAGGAACAGGUGAGCUGGUUGUCCAAAGAAUGGGCUAAGCGGGCAGCACUCCCCUCCCACGUGGUCACCAUGCUAGAUAACUUCCCCACCAACCUGCACCCCAUGUCCCAGUUCAGCGCUGCCAUCACAGCUCUGAACAGCGAGAGCAGCUUUGCACGGGCCUACUCUGAGGGCGUCAACAAGGCAAAAUACUGGGAGUUCAUCUAUGAGGACUCCAUGGACUUGAUUGCCAAGUUGCCGUGUGUUGCUGCUAAGAUCUACCGUAACCUGUACCGUGAGGGCAGCAGCAUUGGCGCCAUCGACUCCAACCUGGACUGGUCCGCUAACUUCGCCAACAUGCUGGGCUACAGCGACUCUGCUGAGUUCACUGAACUAAUGAGGCUCUACCUUACCAUCCACAGUGACCACGAGGGAGGUAACGUCAGUGCCCACACCAGUCACCUGGUGGGCAGUGCUCUCUCUGACCCUUACCUCUCCUUCAGUGCUGCUCUGAACGGGCUGGCUGGACCUCUGCAUGGGCUGGCCAACCAGGAGGUGCUGGUGUGGCUGACGGCCCUGCAGAAGGAGAUGGGAGGGGAGGUGUCUGAUGAGAAGAUGAGGGAUUACAUCUGGAACACACUCAAGUCUGGCAGGGUGGUGCCAGGCUAUGGGCAUGCUGUCCUGAGGAAGACUGACCCCAGGUACCAAUGCCAGCAGGAGUUUGCCUUCAAGCACCUGCCCAACGACCCCAUGUUCAAACUGGUGCACCAGCUCUACAAGAUUGUGCCCCCAGUACUGCUGGAGCAGGGCAAGGCCAAGAACCCCUGGCCCAACGUCGACGCCCACAGUGGAGUGCUGCUGCAGUACUAUGGGAUGACAGAGAUGAACUACUACACUGUGCUGUUUGGUGUGUCCCGAGCCCUGGGUGUGCUGGCCCAACUUAUCUGGAGCCGAGCCCUGGGCUUCCCUCUGGAGCGCCCCAAGUCCAUGAGCACAGACGGACUCAUGACCCUGGUGGGGGCCAAUAAGUCUGGCUGAAGAAGAGGGGGAGGAAAUACCGUGUGCAAGUGAUGCGUUCCUACAUCAUACUUCUGUGUUCAUGUCCCUGGUCUUUUGAAUGGGCUUCAAGAUUAUAUCGUCAUUCAUUAAAACGACCAUUGCGCUACGUUUUUGCUCAUUUGAAGACCAUUCAAAAAGCCUAGAAAAGUUAAACUACAAGGCUACUUGUCGCGUCACUUGCAUGGCGUAUUUCAAAUUAAAGCUAACCUCGCCCCCAUCCCCAUGGAAGAGAUUCAAACAGACGGCACACUUUCUUUUUUUCUUUUCUUAAUCCAAAAAGGGCUUUUUAAUAUUUACAUGAUUUAGCGCAGAUAGGAGUCAACCUAUGCCCAGCUCCUGUCCCUCCCACUCGCCAAGUGCCCCUUUGGGUUGUGGUAUAAUUUUUUGAAUAAAGUUUUGUUGAUCUGAACCCAUUGCCCGCAAGUCGGUGUGACGUUGUCAAGUUCACCCACCCCGUCCGUUGGCUGCCCCUGAUGGGCUGCCCUGUACAGAGCUUGCACGCGCCAGGUUGCACCUUUAUCCCAGACUGCCCUAGUACUGAGAUUUGCGUAUGCUGGUCUCCAAACAUGCAUGGCUUGAGAUGUGGCCACCGGUCGAGUGUGUGUGUGUAAAUGUCAACAGUACUACCGCAGCAGCAUAACAUUUAAUUAACAUCAUCAAUAUUUGGUCUGGUUGGCUGAUGCGUGCAGCAGAGAGGCAAAAAGACGGAGAGGAGCGGUUGCAUUAAGGAUCCUCGCUCCGACCCAACUCCAUCCCUUCCUCAGUCGGCAGCAACACAGGCAGUCUAGGCGCUAUUUUUUUUAUUUUACCUUUAUUUAACUAGGCAAGUCAGUUAACAACAAAUUCUUAUUUUCAAAGGUGGCCUAGGAACAGUGGGUUAACUGCCUUGUUCAGGGGCAGACUGACAGAUUUGUACCUUGUCAGCUCGGGGAUUUGAACUUGCAACCUUUCAGUUACUAGUCCAACGCUAGCUAAUCACCAUAUACAAAAAUAUCCACAAAAGCCACUAGCCAGCCAUAUAUCUUGAGUUAGAAGAUAAUUAAUAUUAUAUUACGUUAUUAUUUAAGAGCAUUGAAGAUAAAUCCCAAUCAUUAAACAAUGGAGCUAGCUAGCUAGCAGGUCAAUCAACAUCAAUGAUCUGCUUACAGCUCACCUUCUUUUCCCAAUGUCAAUCAUGUCUUUGGGAGGCACUGUAACUAGCUUCCUUACAAUAUGUGAUGAGUGAGCGUGUUGCAAAAAUUCAUGUCUAUGCUCAGAUUUUGUAAAAUGUUCACUACAGAGGCAGUUGGUAUGUUCAGAAUUUUAAAAUGUGAAUUCCCACCUCGGUAUAGCCACUUAUAGUACAGUAGGCCAAUGCAGUCUGCUGGCAUCUCAUCAGCCUCCCCAUGUGCCUGUGAGGACUGGGCUGCACCAACUGAUUGAAGAUGUCAAGGGGCUUAAAAAGUAGUAUGCAAUCCAAACUGAUGUGCUCUGUUUUUACCAUUGUUUCACUCUGAGCAGUUUGGUUUCCAGGCUACAAUAAAAAGGUAAUUUUAUGUGGGGAAUUAGAGUAAUCACAUAUGGUCAUCAAUUGAGAUUUCACUUGAAUAUGUCUUACAUCUAUAUUUAACUUGAGUGGUAGUUUGACAUCAAGAUUAAACUUUUUACAAAUUUAGCUAACUUGGUAAGGACGCAAGUAACUUAAUUUGAGUCACAUUUUGCUGCUGAUGUUUGCUGACGCUUCAAUAUUGUCUGGAAAGUCUUGCCUAAUCUAAACCAACAGGGAAAUAUAUUUUGUUGUUUUUGCCUGAAACCCUCACCAUGUUUCUCUAUGCAAUGUCUCCCUGACUAUACUCUAGCAGUAGCUACACUCCAGUAAAGGAAAAAGGUCCUUCCUUGUAAAAGUAUCUAACUUCUAUUGAAGAUGUUCAAUUUAUCCAAGGAAGAAUGAAAAUCAGUAAAAAAAAAUAUUUAUUAAAAAAAGUACUGCCCCUUUAAAUCUUUUUGUCUCACCAGAUUCCCUGAUUUCAAUGGAUUUAACCUUGAACACACCUCUGAUCAAAAUAACCUUUUGUUGUCAUUCAACUUGUUUUACAUUCUUUCCUUUCAUUUUCUGUCUGGGCAUCUUCUAAAAUGUAGGGUUGAUAUGUGUAGGUAGGAGCAUAUGAUCGAAGACCUUUGGUUGUCGCCUGGAGUACCCAGAGGCCUGAUAGUAAUGGCAUAGACUUAUAUAUUUGAAGGAUUGAGAGAAGGACAUGGCGUUCUGCUUUUAGUAUGUGUUUGAACAUAAGUAUGCAGCCAAGAAGGGCUUUUUAUCUGUUGUGGUCCUGUCUUAUUUUGGUGUAUAAUGUAUGUUGCUAAUUAUGCCCCAGAAGAGUGCUUCAGUGAUUUGAGCUGCUACUCCAAAAUGAGCGCUUGCUAGUUUGGAAUCUUAUUCUUAGAAAUAGGAAAACCCCUAUUUUGAUUUUGUCCUUUUUAUUAGAGGUUUUGGGUGUUGACUGAAUAACCAUGUAAUGUAUAGAGAGGAUAAUCCUAUAGUGGGUACAUCAUUUGUAGUUUUAUUUAUACUUUGUGUAUAUAGUUAUAAAUAUAUGUAUAGCUUGAAUGUAUGAGCUCUACCCAACCAUAUUGCUCAGUCAUACAGCUGUGUGACUUCCAACCAACCUCACUCAUCACCAUAUUUCAGUUUUACAUGUUUUGAAAGUUACUCUUACAAUGAAGUAGAUGUACGUACUCUGCCUGUCUUGUAAAUAAAUCUAUUGCCCAUUUUUAUGGGCUUCUUCUGCUGCUAAGUGGAUGUUUGCUUUGACUGAUUCAAGCUCUCUCAGGCCAUAGCAGCAGUUGGUCCGAGGCCCAUAGCAGCUUUCCUUGUCUGCUUUAAUUUAGGAUUAUCAACACUCCAUUUUGUGUCGCAUCAGUGGGACCCUGCUCACUUCAAAAACAAAAUAAUCAAUGUUUGACUUUUACUUCAAUUUUAUAUGCCUUGCUUUUGUCUCUUGGGUUUCACAUUUUUCUGAUUUCUUCGUUUGUCUUGUGGAACAUCUGGUUGUUUCUGAUCAAAGCAGGUGUAGGAGACUGUGAAACCAGGGAAGAGCCAUUGAAGUUGGAUGCAUUUGGGAAACUAUAGUGGGAUGGGGCAUGGGAGAAAGAAGCUUAGGAGAACAAAUGGAAAACCAAUAAAUGAAUUUAAUAACA